AUGACCUGUAUAUUUUGUGAAAUCGCUGCGAGAAAUGAUUCAUCAGCGACAAUACUUUAUGAGGACGAACAAAUCGUCGCAUUUAAUGACAAAUACCCUGCUGCAAAUCAUCAUUUUCUAGUAAUUCCGAAACGUCAUAUUAAAAAUAUUAAUGGAUUUACAAAAGAGGACCUAGAAUUAG